GCGCGCCUCCCAGGGGUGCAGCCCUUCUCUUUGCUUUUUGCAUUGACUCACGGGCAAUUAAAUACAAAAAGGGCCAAGCCUCUGAAGCUUUCCUUUCCCCACCCCACCCCCCUCCUGCCCUCGGUGUGUAGCACAGCCAGGUGUGGGGUAGAGUGGUUGCACUGCCUUUUACACCAGUGGCGGCGAGGAGGGGGGUGGUUUUUCUUCCUUUUUCUCUUUGUAAAAGGGCUUGGCAUCGGUUUUUCUUUUCGCUACUCCCUCGCCGCCUCAGCACUUCCCAGUCCCCCUUCUCCCCCUCCCCACCUAUCGUCAUGACGGCGUCUCCUGAUUACUUGGUGGUGCUUUUUGGGAUCACUGCCGGGGCCACAGGAGCCAAGCUGGGUUCGGACGAGAAGGAGCUGAUCCUGCUACUGUGGAAAGUGGUGGAUCUGGCCAACAAGAAGGUGGGACAGUUGCACGAAGUACUAGUUAAACCGGAUCACUUGGAACUGACUGAGGACUGCAAAGAAGAAACCAAGAUCGACGCAGAAAGCCUGUCCUCAGCCCCGCAGCUGGAGCAAGCCCUCAGACAGUUCAAUCAGUCCGUGAGCAACGAACUGAACAUUGGGGUAGGGACUUCCUUCUGCCUCUGUACUGAUGGCCAGCUUCAUGUCAGGCAAAUCUUGCACCCUGAAGCUUCCAAAAAGAAUGUAUUAUUGCCCGAAUGCUUCUACUCCUUUUUUGAUCUCCGGAAAGAAUUCAAGAAGUGUUGCCCUGGUUCACCUGAUAUUGACAAAUUGGAUGUUGCAGCAAUGACAGAUUGUUUGCAUCUUGAGAAAGGAGUUUCAGCCUCCCGAUAUGGAGCCUCUGAAGUUGAAGAUAUGGGGAAUGUUAUUCUAACAAUGAUUUCAGAACCAUACAAUCACAGGUUUUCAGAUCCAGAGAGAGUGAAUUACAAAUUUGAAAGUGGAACUUGCAGCAAGAUGGAACUGGUGGAUGAUAACACUAUAGUCAGGGCAAGAGGCUUGCCAUGGCAGUCAUCAGACCAAGAUAUUGCAAGAUUCUUCAAAGGCCUUAACAUUGCCAAGGGAGGUGCUGCCCUUUGUCUAAAUGCACAGGGUCGAAGAAAUGGAGAAGCACUGGUUAGGUUUGUGAGUGAGGAGCACAGAGAUCUUGCACUACAGAGGCACAAACACCACAUGGGGAAUCGGUACAUUGAGGUUUACAAAGCAACAGGUGAAGAUUUCCUUAAAAUUGCAGGUGGUACUUCCAAUGAAGUAGCACAAUUCUUGUCCAAAGAGAAUCAGGUCAUUGUCCGAAUGCGAGGACUCCCCUUCACUGCCACAGCAGAAGAAGUAUUGGCUUUCUUUGGACAGCAUUGCCCUAUUACAGGGGGGAAGGAAGGCAUCCUAUUUGUCACGUUUCCUGAUGGUAGGCCAACGGGGGAUGCUUUUGUCCUAUUUGCUUGUGAGGAGUAUGCACAGAAUGCACUGAGGAAACACAAAGACUUGCUGGGUAAAAGAUACAUUGAACUCUUCAGGAGCACGGCAGCUGAAGUUCAGCAGGUGCUGAAUCGGUUUUCUUCUACACCUCUCAUUCCACUCCCAACUCCCCCUAUCAUUCCUGUACUACCUCAGCAAUUUGUGACCCCCACCAGUGUCAGAGACUGCAUACGUCUAAGAGGGCUUCCUUAUGCUGCCACUAUUGAGGACAUAUUGGAAUUUUUGGGAGAAUUUUCCAGUGCUAUUCAAACCCAUGGAGUUCAUAUGGUAUUAAAUCACCAGGGUCGCCCAUCGGGAGAUGCCUUUAUCCAGAUGAAAUCUGCAGACAGAGCAUUUAUGGCUGCACAAAAGUGUCAUAAAAAGACUAUGAAGGACAGAUAUGUUGAAGUCUUUCAGUGUUCAGCUGAGGAGAUGAACUUUGUGUUAAUGGGGGGCACUUUAAAUCGAAAUGGCUUAUCCCCACCGCCAUGUAAGUUACCAUGUUUGUCUCCUCCCUCCUACACGUUUCCAGCCCCUGCCGCAGUGAUCCCAACGGAAGCUGCCCUUUAUCAGCCUUCUGUCCUGUUGAGUCCCCGGACACUGCAGCCCUCCACAGCCUACUACCCAGCUGGCACACAGCUUUUCAUGAACUACACAGCAUACUAUCCCAGUAUGCAGCAGAGAAUGGACUUGUACACACAAAUGACCAGGCAAGGACACUGCCCAAAGACUGGGUUUGUAUUUAAGGGCCCCAGCAGUUAGACCAUCCUCAGAAAAGAAGUGUUUGAGAGAUUUAAGGUGGGCCUGAAACCCUCAGAAACCAGAGGACUCCUGGAAACUUCAGAGAGAGUUUUACAUUCAGGCUGCAGUAUUCUCAGCAACACAAUUUGACAGGGACAAGGGGCCCUACAUUUUGGUGGAGUGAAAACUUGAGCCAAUAAAGCCAAAUCUUAUAGUUGUUUUUGCCUUUGCAAGCAGCAUAUAGCGCUCCUGGCUCUGUGCUGAUCACAGAUUGACAUUUAAAAUGUGAAUUUGAUAUCUGAGGUCCCUAUUCCCUUUAGUCAGAGACUUACAGUCUGUGAUAUCUCAAGUGUUGUCCACAUGGAACUCUUAGGAUCUUAACAGCAAAAAGAGAAACAAAACAUAAUCUACCAUCUCCAAGCAUCAGUAAUGAUUUGGAGGUCUUAUUUAAUUUUUUUGGUUUUUUUUCUACUCUUCUCUAAGAACCUUCCUACCCCUUCAUUUCCACUCCUCCCACUAAAUAAAGAAGCAAAUUAUGAAUGGAGAAAAUCAUAAGCUGAAUUUUUCCUGACCUCUUUGCCAUGCUGCCUUACAGUCCAAACACUGAAAUGAUUCUCUUCUCCCACCCUACCCGCCACCCCUGGGCUGAGGGAAUGUGUGGAGGAGCUCUAAAGAAAACACAACAACAACAACAACUAAAAGGUAGCUUCUUUGAAAAUAAGUACCCCUUAUAAAUGAUAUUGAACCAGUGGCCAAAACACUCAGAAGACCAAAAAAGUGAAUAGCUACAGUACUUGGUUCCUGUUUGACCAGGAGCUGGAUAUCAUGGCUUUAGAUGGGAUAUUUUAUACCUGUACGUUUUUCAUUACUGACUGUUUUGGACUUCAAUCAAAAACAUAUUGUAGAUUUUAAUGUUGAAAAUGUAGAAACAUCUGAAUGUUAUAUUCUAGGAAGCAAUAAAUUGUAACUGAAAUGAAUGCUUGUACAUACUAAAAUAGCCAUAAAAUGUUUGUCUUCUCUUAAACAGCUUAAUUAUUUGACAAUUAUAACUUGCUCAGACAUAGAACUAUAAUCACUGUGCUAGACUGAGACAGGAGAUUAAAAACAACACUGAUACAGUAUAUGAACAGUGCCUGAAGGGGUCAGUGGUGGUUAGCACUCUGUGUUUAACUGUGUUUAUGCUACAAAAGUGCAAUAUUAGACACUGUAGUUCAGUUAGGUAGUACAGUUGCAUCACCUAACUCCAAAGAAGAAACCAGGUUUGAGUAAACUAAUUGCACAUAUUUCAUUAAGUAACUCCUCUGCCUUUUGCUUGAAUGCAAACAUAUGUGGCUGCUAGUGGCUGCUAUUUUUACUCACUUAGCAUUAUUUUGGAUCAUCAUAUACCUUGAAUGGAGAGCCAAACAAUGCCCCUCCUCAGCCAACCACAGAUGGCCAACCUUUAACUUCAGUAGGAAGAGAAAGUUCAUAAUUUAGAUGAAAACUAGUGACUACUGGCACUUAAGAUCAGAAAAGAGAAUUCUUAAUACUUGAGAUGCCUUAAGGUACUGUCUACCCAAAGCUUUGAAAGCCUUACAAGGUAAACAGUUAAACUAACACUAAUAUGUGUAUUGAUGUGUUGUUUUUUGUAGAAUUGUUGACAUUUGAUAAUAAAACUCUCCUUCCUGACUAAUCUCAA